UCAAGAAUGAAUAUAAAUACAAGACUUCACCUAAAUCAAAAACCAAUAACCAUCCUAGCCAUCAUCAUGUCCUCACUUUUCAACAAAACCUCUUACAUUAUCAAAACAAUCAACAAUCUACCUUCUUCUUCCAUUCCUCUAUAAAUUUUCAUCUUUCACCUUCUUACAAUCCUAAAGCAAAUCACACUUUUUCUUCUCACACCAUAAACAAUGUCUGCAAACUCAAAGAAUAUGUCACUUUUUCUUCUCUUAUUAAACUUUCUUUUCUUUUCAUGUUGCAACUCUCUUCUUGAUGAGCAAGUUCAAGCUCUUCUAGCAUGGAAGGAGAGUUUAAACACGAAUUCAGACGCAUUACCGUCGUGGAAUCUUUCAAACGGAACACCGUGCAACUGGUUCGGUGUGAAGUGCAAUUUGCAAGGAGAGGUAGAGGAGAUAAACUUGAAGUCGUUGGACUUGCAAGGCUCGUCAUUGCCUUCGAAUUUUCAACCUCUCAAGUCAUUGAAAGUUCUUGUCCUCUCGUCGAUGAACAUCGCGGGAAGGAUUCCGAAAGAAUUUGGAGACUAUCAAGACCUUGUUUUCGUUGAUCUUAGUGAAAAUUCUCUCUUUGGUGAAAUCCCGGAAGAAAUCUGCAGGCUAAGCAAGCUUCAAAGCUUAGCUCUUCAUACAAACAAUCUCGAAGAAAAUAUUCCAUUCAACAUAGGAAAUUUAUCGAGUCUUGUGAACUUGACACUCUUCGAUAAUAAACUCAGUGGCGAAAUUCCAAAGAGUAUUGGCUUAUUACGUAAGCUUCAAGUAUUCAGAGCUGGAGGGAACAAAAACCUCAAUGGUGAGCUACCAUCGGAGAUCGGAAACUGCACCGACUUGGUCAUGUUAGGCCUCGCGGAAACCAGCAUUUCCGGUAGUAUUCCUUCGUCGAUAGGAAUGCUGAAAAAAUUACAGACCAUAGCCAUUUACACAAGUAAGUUAUCAGGCUCUAUUCCAGAAGAGAUAGGAAAUUGCAGUGAGUUGCAGAAUCUGUAUUUGUACGAAAACUCAAUUUCCGGUUCAAUUCCACGUCAAAUCGGAGAGCUCGGAAAGCUUCAGAGUCUACUUUUAUGGCAAAACAAUUUGGUAGGGACAAUUCCGGAAGAGCUCGGAAGGUGCAAAGAUCUCAGUGUUAUAGAUUUGUCAGAAAAUCUUCUCACAGGUAGCAUUCCAAUCAGUUUCGGAAAGCUAUCGAAUCUUCAAGGACUUCAGCUGAGCGUUAAUCGGUUAUCGGGUAUUAUACCACCCGAGAUUUCAAAUUGCGCGUCUCUGACUCAGUUUGAAGUUGACAACAAUGCUAUUUCUGGUGAGAUUCCUUCUGUUAUUGGAAAAUUGAGAAGCUUGACACUUUUCUUUGCAUGGAAGAAUAAGUUAACAGGAAAAAUUCCGAAAAGCCUUUCGGAGUGCGAAAAUCUUCAAGCACUUGAUCUGUCAUAUAACAACUUAACUGGUACAAUACCAAAACAGCUUUUUGUGUUGAAAAAUCUCACUCAACUUAUGCUUCUUUCCAAUGAUUUGGAAGGAUUCAUACCACCUGAUAUAGGUAACUGCACAAGUCUUCACAGGUUGAGGCUAAAUCGGAAUAGACUUGUCGGUAUUAUUCCAUCUGAGAUUGCGAAUUUGAAGAGUUUGAAUUUUUUGGACUUGAACAACAAUAAUCUUGUAGGGGAGAUUCCUUCAACAAUAUCAAGAUGUCGGAAUCUUGAGUUUAUCGAUCUCUCACACAACAAGCUCUCCGGGAAUUUAGAUGCUCUUUCUAACCUUCUGAAUCUUGGUUCUUUAAAUGUUUCCUUCAACGAAUUCUCGGGAGAAUUGCCUAACACGGCGUUCUUCAGAAAACUCCCUCUCAGUGAUUUCACUGGAAAUAACAUAUCAGAAGCCAAAGAUGAUACCAGAUUAGCUAUGAAGAUUAUAUUUUUCAUUUUGUUAAGCACAAGUGCAGUACUUACACUUUUCCUAAUCCACGUCGCGGUUCGUGCUUGUAUUGCUUACAAAGUAAAUAACAGUUGGAAGAUGAUUUUGUACGACAACAUUUAUUUCUCUGCCGACGACGUUGUCAAGAAUUUAAAACCAUCCAAUGUGAUUGACACCGGAAGCUCAGGAGUUUCGUACAAGGUGAAAACUCCAGAAGGCCAAAUAUUAGCGGUUAAAAAGAUGUUGCCGUCAUUAGAUUCUGAAGCAGUUAUGUCUAAAAUCGAAAUGCUAUGUUCAAUCAAACACAAGAAUCUUGCCAAACUUCUCGGUUGGGGGUCGAAUAAUAAGAAUAUGAUGCUGCAGUUUUAUGAAUACCUCCCUAGUCUGAGCUCAGUGCUUCAUGGUUCAGAAAAGGGAAAGUUGGAAUGGGAUACCAGAUAUGAAAUCAUCUUAGGUUUGGCUCAAGCACUCACAUUUUUGCAUCAUGAUUGUGUGCCUUCUGUGUUGCAUGCAGAUGUCAAAGCAACAAAUGUGUUAUUAGGUCCUGGUUAUCAUCCUUACCUUACCCGCUUUGGCCUCGCAAACAUCGCCAGUGAAAAAGUUGAAGAUGAUAAAUCCAAUCCAGAGCUCGACUCAAUACAGAAGAUCAACGAAAAAACCGACGUGUACAGUUUCGGCGUGGUGAUACUCGAGGUACUGACAGGAAGGCAUCCAUUAGAUCCAACUCUACCAGAAGGCAUAGACUUGGUUCAAUGGGUUAAGAAUCACUUGGCUAGCAAAAAAGACCCAUUUGAAAUUCUUGACUCGAAGCUAAGAGGAAGGACUGAACCUACUACUAUGCAUGAAAUACUUCAAACUCUAGCUGUGUCGAUUUUAUGUGUCAACGCAAAAGCUUAUGAAAGGCCAACAAUGAAGGAUACUCUUGCGAUGCUCAACCAAUUUCGAUAUUUUGUUUAAAAUGUAUUGUAGGCCAGUUAGGGCAGGCCGGAGUUAUUCAAAUGUAAUCUUAGGUAUAAAAAUGCAAAUGUCAAAAAUCCAUAAUAAAAUGCAUUGUAGAGCCUUUCACUCGA